CUGUUAGUGUAAUUGAAUAAUGGCGAUGAGAGGGAUAAUCCAUCUUCCUCAACUAACCUUCCUUCCCAAUCAACCUUGAAAAGAGAACCCUUGCCAGAAACCCUCUCUUGUGUCCAAUUGUCCAUGCAUGCUCACUUCAUCAUAUCCUCGAUUAAACCUCUUGGGUCGUCCCCUCCUCCAUCUUCUUCCUCUUUCUCAGUCUCUCUGAGAUUCUACUACCAAGUAUAAAACAAGGGAGCUUGAGAGAGAGAGAGAGAGAGAGAGAGAGAGAGGAGAGGUAUCCAUCUGUGGCCUCUCUGUCCCAUCUCUAGGUCCGACGCCAUUACUGUUUAGGGAUGAAGAACACCACCACCACCAACACGAAGCUCAUCCUCCUCCACCCUUCCGUCCACAAGCAAGCAGGCUCUCACCGUCUAUGGAUUCUCGCCUUCGUUUCCUUCUUCACAUUCGCCUUCCUUCUAGCCCUAAUCAACACUAGGGACUCCAUCACCUCCUCCUCAUCCUCCCCUCUCGCUGGCACCAAAGCCCAAACCAGACUGCCCACACCCGUCGCAGACGCCCUCCUCCAUUACGCUUCCAUCUCCAACAACACCGGCAAAAUGACCGGUGCGGAACUCAAAUCCAUCGCCAAUGCCCUCCACAACUGCCCUUCCACCCCAUGUAAUUUCUUAGUAUUUGGUCUCACUCCCGAAUUCCAGCUCUGGAAAGCCCUGAAUCACAACGGCCGCACUGUGUUCAUCGACGAGAACGAGUACUACAUCGCGUAUUUCGAGGAGAAGCACCCUGACAUGGAAGCCUACGACGUCUCGUACACAACCCAGGUGAGCCAGAUGAAGGAACUCAUCAAAUCUGCAAAGGAACAGCUUCGGAACGAGUGCAGGCCCGUUCAGAAUCUACUCUUCUCCGACUGUAAACUUGGGAUCAACGACCUCCCCAACCACUUGUACGAUGUGUCUUGGGAUGUCAUCUUGGUAGAUGGACCCAGAGGUUAUUACCCGUCGGCGCCGGGGAGGAUGUCGGCAAUAUUCACCGCCGGUGUUCUGGCGAGAAGCAAGAAAACUGGGGAUGCGAAGACUCAUGUAUUCGUUCACGAUUACCAUAGAGAAGUGGAGAAGGUUUGCAGUAAAGAGUUCCUCUGUAAGGAGAACCUGGUGGAGUCCAAAGACCUGCUCGCCCAUUUCGCGGUCGAACGAAUCGACGGCAGCGGCGCUUCGGAAUACUGUCGGAACCGUACAUCGCAUUGAUAUCAUCGUAUCAAAGUCAUCAUCAUAGUCGUCCUCAUUGUGAGUCGAUGAUGGGAGAAGCACCAGAUAGAAAUUUCCUACUGUAAAUUUACAUUUUUUUUUUUUCUUUUUGGGGUUUUUCACUUUUUUUUUUUUCUUUUAUUUUAUACAUAUAUUUGCAUAGUUGGAGUUGUUACUUUAAUUGUAACGUAAGUAAGUUCCUAUGAUAGAGGGAGAUGAAAAUGAAAUUUGAACAAGAAUUUGUUCCUUUGAGCAAAA